UUGGGAAAUGCUUCCGGAUUCCGGAUACUGUUCUAAAGAAAAGUCAACAUGAAAACCGCAAUAUUUCGGUCAAAGAUUAAAUGGUGACAAAUGUAGGGAAAAACACACACAAGUUUUAGGGAAAAUAGAAUGGUUUGUUUGUAAAACACUGUUGAUAUGUCAACCAAUGUGGAAGAAGUAAGCCUUCCUAAGAAAACUGUGCUUUUAUUCAGGGCACCAAAGGAAGGUGAAACUGAUCUGUUUGAAAAGGAGUUGCUUAAACACAGCUACAAGCCAUUCAGUAUACCUGUCCUAGAAUUCAACUAUAUCAACAUUGAUAAACUGUCAGAAUGUCUUAGCCAAUACAGGGAUUAUUCGGCUGUAGUAUUUACAAGUCAGAGAGCUGUGGAGGCAGCUGUGCUCAGUGGUAAAAGAACUACAGGGGCAGGAGAAGAGACGAGCUAUAGUGAUCUCACCUGUUAUGUGGUAGGAGGAAGCACCGGCAAAGCUGCCAAAGAAGCGGGAUUCUGCCUAGAGAACUGUGAUGCUGGAAAUGCAGAAAAAUUAGCUGAUUAUAUUAUUCAAGAGGCAAAAUCUAGACAGAAGCCCAUACUUUAUCCUUGUGGGAACAUCAGAAAGGACACAUUGUCAAAGAAGUUAAAGGAAACAGGGUUCAGCUUGACUGAAAUUGAAGUCUAUGAGACAGUGAAAAACAAGAGUAUAAAAACCAAAGUAGAAGAAUUACUACAGCAGCAAGGACUUCCAGAUUAUAUGGUGUACUUUAGUCCAUCAGGUGUACAGUAUACAGAAGAUAUUAUUUCCUCGGGGCUUCUACCUGUUAAUCAAGUUAAGGUUGUUGCAAUAGGACCAACAACGGAGAAGGAACUGAGGGGACAGGGCAUUCCUGUUUAUGGUGUUGCUAGUACCCCAAAUCCUGAAGGACUUCUACAAGCUUUGUCCUAACAGCAAUCUUAGACAAAUCUUUAGUUUUAUUAAAUUUUAAUAUUUUAUUAUUUUUAUUGAAUUGUUACUUGUUAUAGAUAAUUUAUUUUAUUUUUGAUGUGAUGUGAUUUUAUGAUGAAUUUUAGUUAGUGUUACCUGACCUUAGAUGUACAUCACAAUUACAGAAUUUUCCAAAACAGCAAUAUGUAUAAAAUAUCAAAAUAAAACAGUCAGUAUUAUUGAAGUCAGUAGUAUUUAAAUAAACUGGAAAUUCUUUAUAGCUA